GCCAUCUAUGAGCUAUAUUAUUACACUCUCUGCUCAUUAGUCAUCAAACUUAACCCACCCCACUCCUUCUCCUUCUCCAUCUUCAUCUCACUCGCAUGGCAACCCCAACGCGCCUCCUCCCUCUCCUCCUUUAUCUACUCUCGCUAUGCUUCGUCUCAACCGUUAGAUCGGAUGAUGAUUGUGUCUACUCGGUUUAUAUUCGGACGGGCUCCAUCUUCAAUGGAGGAACCGAUUCAAUAAUUGGGCUCAAGCUCUACGACGCGCUCGGCAACGGUAUAUACAUCACCAACCUCGAAACCUGGGGCGGGUUAAUGGAGCCGGGUCACAACUACUUCGAACGGGGCAAUCUCGACAUUUUCAGCGGUAGAGGUCCAUGCUUGGAUGAGCCCGUUUGCGCCAUCAAUAUAACUUCGGACGGGUCGGGGCCCCAUCACGGCUGGUACGUAAACUACGUCGAGGUCACUUCCACCGGGGUCCACGCGAACUGCUCUCAGUCGUUGUUCACGGUGGAGCAGUGGAUCGCAACCGACAGGUCGCCUUAUCAGCUCUGGACUGUAAGGAACAACUGCCCAAACGUCUUGGGUCUGGCCCGUUCUAAAGCCCAUUUCACCGAUGUCGUCGGCUCUCGAAAUGGGCCUGGGUCCGGUUUCUCUGUUUCGGCCCUGAAACGUUCGCGGGCAGGGAUGUUAUUUAUGAAGUGGUAGUUGUGGAUGGUUGUGGUUCUGUUGUGCGGUAGUUGUGUUGCGAAACAUGUGUUUUUUCGGGGAUGCUUUUGUUUCGGUUUGUUUAUGCUUUCUCCUUAAGGUUGUUCUGGCAUUACUGAGAACUACCCCUUUGUAUUUAUAGAUUGUUUAUUAGUAUUGAAUAAGAUUCGUCAGGACUUUUAUGUA